AAACGCGCCAGUCAUUUUUCGUAUUUGUCAUAAAGUGGAAUAGUUUUGCAUGUUUUUAGUUUAUAUAUUGACAAAAAUGUCAUUUUCCAGCAUUAAAAAUGAAAAACACAUAAAAUUGACGCUGCCAGUAAUACCUACUAAUAGAGGCGAGAGCCGAGAAUGAUAGCCUUUUAUCAUAAAAAUCGGGUUAAAAAUAAUAGGCGGCAUAUGAAACUUUUUUUCAAUGGAAAAUCAGCAAAAACGCCCAGUCUUUCUUGGAAAACGUGUUGGUAGCUUAUUUCAAUGAACUGGCGAAUAAGUACCUACAAGCCCAGCACGCUUUGGUGCAAUUAUUCGAUGUUAAAACUGUAAGUCACCAUUUUGAAAAUUAUACUUUUACUGUUUUGACAAAAAAAAAUGAUUUAUAAGUUUUGUUUUUUCCUCGCAAGUGUGUUGAAAAACGUCGUAUGAAACGCGUGUGCAUUGGUCAUUACCCACAUCGGCUUUCUUAUUUAUUAUAAGCACUUAGCACACUUGGAUCAUAAUGUACUAUUACGUAAUAUUAAGCUAAUUUUACGGCUUAACUCAUGUGUUGCUAGUCACUCGCGCGUCCGGAGAGCCGACGUCUCCUUUUUCAAGCACUAACAGUGCGAGUAGCAUGCACAUGUCGCGCGAGUGACUAAAAAGCCGUAAAAUUAGCUUAAUGUCAAUACGAGUAUGUCUCACGACAGUUUAAAUUAGAUUAUUUACGUAAUAUUUACUAUUGCUUCAAUGUGCAGGUUUUUUGCUAAGUCUCUUUUGAGAAUUGCACUGCAACAGAUGAGUACAUAAGUAUAUAACAUGUAAAAAUUAGACUUGAAAAUCAUAAAAAUGAAUAAGUAUCAGAAUAUUUUAUGGUUUUGAGAUUAUAUUAACUCUACAAAAAACAGUAAAAGUUUAUGUUUUAAAAUAAACAAGUAUUGUUUAUUUGGUUUGGGUUGUGAAAUGCUCUAAGGUUGAAUAUCGGUACCUACUGUACUUACUGUACCUACUCAUAUUCAUGAUCAUUAAAUUACACUACCUAGCUAUGUAGGUAGUUGAAACUAUUCGUACGUAAUAAACAAUUAUAAGUAAAAUUAUAACGUAUGAACGAUUGCAAUAUGAAUCACAGAUCACAAUGAAAUGCGUUUUUAUAAGCUUUAUUAUUGAAAUUAUUUUCAUAAUUCAAUCUGGUCAACAUUUUAUACCACCACUUCAGCAUUGCGUUCUCGCCGAAAUCUGCAACCACACACGGUCAGCCGUUUGUGGAGAGGACAAGAAGAAUUUCGAACGUCGGAUUUUCCACGACGAAUGUGAUAUGUUUGAGUUGAAUUGCGACGGUGAAAGAGAAUUUGCACUAGUUAAUAUUUCAGUUUGUUAUCAACUAACAAACAACGGAUUGCCAGUAAAUAUUUAUAGUAGUAGAAGAAGAUAUAAUAAAAAGAUAUUACAGAAAAUGAAAAAAGAAAUGUUGGAAAAACAGGCGACGUUUACUUUGAAACGGUUUCGGUUAAAAAAUCAAACAACCCCGCUACCUGAAACCACUGUUACCACUUCAUCUACUACUACUACUACUGUUGCUGCUACUACUACUGCUGCUGCUACUACUACUACUGCUGUCACUACUACUACUGCUGCUACUACUCCUAUGAAGAGUAUAUCUACAGUCAUAUUAAAAAAGGAGACUGUUUGGAAAAACGGAAAAUUAUUCAUGAAAAUAGUAAAAGGUCUGAAACAUGAAUAUCCUCAAAUUACGAACGAGUCUAGUGGAUAUAUAAGUAAUUGA